UUCAACCUUCGAAUGAAGAGAGAUACAUCUCUUUUUAGUGAUGACUUUAAAGUAGAAAUAUCGAACCAAGUAAUUGAUUAUGAUACCUCCCAUAUUUACACUGGACACAUUUAUGGUGAGCAGGGAAGUUUUACUCAUGGGUCUGUUAUUGAUGGAAAAUUUGAAGGAUUCAUCCAAACUCACAGUGGGACCUUUUAUAUUGAACCAGCAGAGAGAUACAUAAAGGACAGAAACCUACCAUUCCACUCUGUCAUUUAUCAUGAAGAUGAUAUCAGUGAGUACUUCCAUUUUGUGCUGCAGAUGAAAUAUUUUUUUAUUAAAUGUAUGCCAUUUGUGAGCAUCAAACGAGACUUUGGCUUGUGUAUGACACUGUUAAUUGUGCUGUCCUCAAAUGAUUUAUAUAGAGUUAUGGUGUGAGAGAGAUUUAUGAAA